GGAUACUUUUAAACAGUCACUUCGAUACACAAAAAGUAGUGUAACUUACUCUUUCGAUUAAAAAAAAAAUGCAUAAAAAGUGAUAAAAGUUGGUGAAAGUGAGACUGAAUAUAAAUAAGUGAAUCUAAGGAUUUUGGAACCUGCAAUUUGAAUUUUAAUACAAAAAAAACUUUUUUAGGAACGACUUUCAAUGACUCGAGGAGGUUUAGAACACAUCGUUAUUUUUUAUUAUAUUGUACCCGUUCUGCUCUCGAGUUGUGCUAAAGUUAUAUCGAACAACGGAUCAAAAGAUUAUCAAAAUGAGUGGGUUGUUAGAAUUGAAGGAGGAGAGGACGUCUCAACACUUCUCGCUUUACGCUCAGGUUACAUCCACUCUGGCACGGUCCUAGGAUUCGAAAAUACAUACUUAUGGCACAAAAACGAGAAUCCGGAUCAAAGAAAAAGGGGAAUCACCCACUCUAAUAAGCCUCUAAAUUAUUCAGCAAAUAUAUUGUGGGCAGAAGAACAAAAAGUUAUUAUUCGCUAUAAGAGGGAUUACGUUGUUCUGGACGACCCAGAAUCAGAAAAGCCCUUGAUAAGAGAAAAACGCCUGCCCUUCGAUUCCAGUCAGUCAGAAUGCCAUGGUUUAUGCCCGAGAGAAAUUGAUAAUAAGAAACAAAAUAUGAAUAGUCUGACAUCAGAUGAAAAAACAGAUCUGAAAUUUUUCAACGACGAACUUUGGGAUCAAGAAUGGUAUUUGCAAGACACAAGGUCAAGUAGUAAUCUUCCUAAACUCGACCUGAAUGUUUUACCUUUGUACCAACGGGGGAUAACUGGUCGAGGUAUAAGGGUAGCAGUUUUGGAUGAUGGACUCGAACACACUCAUGAUGACCUUCGAAACAAUUACGAUCCCGAAAUCAGUUAUGAUGUCAACGAGCGAGAUAACGACCCUCUACCUCGUUAUGAGAUAACAGGGAUGAACAGACAUGGAACCAGAUGUGCUGGAGAAAUUGCGAUGGAAGCUGAUAAUAAAAAGUGUGGUGUUGGUGUGGCUUUUGCGGCAUCAAUUGGUGGAAUUAAAAUGCUCGACGGGGUUGUUAACGACCGGAUCGAGGGUGAAGCUCUCGGUUAUAAAACAGACAUGGUGGAUAUUUAUACAGCAUCAUGGGGACCAGCAGACGAUGGAAAAAGUUUAGAGGCUCCAGGCAGAUUGGCCUCGGAGGCACUCGAAAGAGGAGUCACCCAGGGUCGUAAUGGAAAAGGCAGUAUAUAUGUGUGGGCUUCCGGAAAUGGAGGAUCAAAAUAUGACGAUUGUGGAUGUGACGGGUAUGUUGCUAGUAUUUACACAGUGGCUGUAGGAUCCGCGAGCCAAACUGGAAGAUUUCCUUGGUAUGGCGAAAGGUGCUCGGCCACCCUCGCAACCACCUAUAGUAGUGGAGCUUAUCAGGAUCAAAUGAUAGUAACGACAGAUUUAAAAAAUAAGUGCACCAUCAAACAUACUGGAACAUCUGCUUCUGCUCCACUGGCUGCUGGAAUUAUAGCUCUGGCUCUAGAAGUAAAUAAAGAACUGACCUGGAGAGACAUUCAGCAUCUUAUAGCCUGGACAUCGGAAUAUAGUCCGCUGAGAGAGAAUCCAGGGUGGUUUAAAAACUCAGCUGGAUUUUGGUUCAACCCACGCUUUGGUUUUGGAUUAAUGAACGCUAACUCCCUAGUGUUUGCAAGUUAUAAUUGGACGACUGUGCCGAACAAGAAUAUAUGUGAAAUUCGAGCAACUCUCGAAAGUAAUUCAACUCUUGCAUACGGAAUUCAGAGGAUUUUGAAAUUUUAUGUGACUGCAAAUGUUGACUCGAAGGCUGACAUAAUUUCCUUGGAACACGUACAAAUUGAAACGAACAUCAAGUACAGCAAUCGUGGUUCUCUACAGAUGCAUUUAACGGCACCUUCAGGUACGAAGGUGCAAAUCCUAAGUCGCAGAAAUUUGGACAGAUCGCCUGAUGGUUUCACAAAAUGGAAAUUCAUGUCGGUGGCAACAUGGGGUGAGGAUCCUCAUGGAAUUUGGUCUCUCGACAUAUUGGACGAGACUGGUCCGGCAAGAAAUAAUGGGUCUCUAGGAGAUUUUAAGCUGAUUCUACAUGGAACGAGUGAGACUCCUCAAUAUCGAAAAAAAGGUUUUCGAUUAUAUAAUGAUGAAUAUAAUCGCUCUCGGAAAAUGGACGACCUAAAUUACCCCAAGGGAAUGUCCAUCAACGAAUUAGAUAUUGAUUCACAAAUGUUAUUUUUCCCAGAAGAAAGAAAACGCAGCAAAAGUGGGCAUACAGACUGGCUUAUGCGAAUUUUGCUCUCACACUAUCUACAUUAACCAUUUUGUUAAAAUUGUAUUUAUAUUGAAAUAAAGCAUAAAUUUUAUCAAAA